AUGGACUCGCCAAAGCUCCACACCGUGCUAAUGGCAGAGUCUGUGCCACCACGCCUGCGGGAACAGGUCCACGGAGAACCCGGUGGACCCAUACGCGACAUCGACAUCGUUGACGCGCUUCAGCGGGACGAGUGUCGGCCCACGCAGGGGGACGCAUUUGUGCACCUCCACGAGGCACCGCAAGACGAGGAGCAGUGGGCAACUGUCCUGCGCACGCUGGGGCCGUGUACGGGCGUGCUUGAGUUUGUCGACAUGUUCUUCGACACAGAGGACGGGCAGCUGCGUCGGAACAACCUGUGGUACUUCGACCGCGCGGGCGAACAGGUGCUGAAGCUGAAUGCGUCGAGGAACCGUUUCGACUGCCUGUUCUUCGACGCCAUCCGUGACUCCGUUGCCAUCAGGCGCGAACUGGGCAAGGUGCUGGGCGACCGUGUGGACGACCUGCAGCGCAUCGCGGCCAUCAAGACGCGGCGGCUCAUGUUUGGGCCCGACACGGUGAUUGACGUGGCGACACUCCCGAGCAAGAAGAAGCAUGUCCUGCUGCGCACGAAGUUUCGUCUCUCCCGCGACCGCGAAGAACCCCCUCAUGCGGAUGAAGGCACGACUCGCCCCCAAUCCAUGCGAUACGUCAACUCGCGCGUUGUGGAAUACCUGCUGGACGCGGGGAAGAUCGGGUGUGACCCGUCGUUUGCGCCGCCGAGCAAGCACUAUGCGCGCAUGCCGCGUGCGAUCAAGAAGCUGUGGCGCGAACAGCUGGGGCGCAUCGCGAGGGUGCCGACGGAUGAACCCCGACUUGAGCCGGUGACCGAGGAGUGGCGCCAAUCACGCGAGCGGUACACGGCCGACAUCAAGCCUCGACUGGCGGCCCUUCGAGCGAAGCAUGGAGACGUGUGGGCGGUGUUUUUCCCGGACACCAGGGAUCCAGUGUGCUUUGAUUCAGAGCAGGAGGCAGAGGAGCACGCCAGCCAGUGUGCACACGGAGUGCCAAUUAUCAAGUUCCUUGGCGAUGAGCCGGUUGAGGACUCGCUGCUCCUCAACAAGGUGAAGUGCCUGUUUGACCCCAGAAGGCGGCUGUUUGUGGACGUUUAA